AUGACGGUGCAGGAAGAAGACAUUGGCGCCGAUCCACUCGCCAGUUGCUCUUCUGGCGAGAAGGCGGGAAAAGUGGGUGAAGCUGUUGUACGAGAGGUUGAUUCCGAGCCCGGCGGCGAUGAGAAGCCAAGAUACAGCAAGCUUUCAGUAUGGCUGAUGGUGCUGUAUUCCGGACUUGCAAUCGGCAGUGAUGGAUAGUGAGUCCCAUGGAUUCUAGAGAAGAUGUCGCCGAGCGACGCUGACUUCAAGGAAGCAAUGCAGCAGUCAUUGGCAACGUCGAGCUCUUGUUGGCCGUUCUCUACCCGGACGCUCUUACAGAUUCGAUGUACUCGAGACUGAGCAAUGCUUUCCUCAUCGGUAUGAUAGUCGGUAUGCUGUUGUUCGGAGGCAUCGUGGACCAGCUAGGCAGGAAAACGGGUGCUGUUGCUACAACGCUACUUCUCGUGCUUGGAAUCGCACUUUCCGCUGGAGCUUCUGGUACGACGCCAAAUGGCAUGUUGUGGAUGCUGGUAAUCGCUCGAGGUAUCGCCGGAGUAGGCGCUGGGGGAGAGUAUCCCGUCUCGGGAGCAGGUGCCACAGAAGCCACGGAUGAAGACAAAGCCUACCGAAAGCAUCGUGGGUUUAUGUUCGCUAUGCUGGCCGACCUGUCCUCUUCGCUUGGCUACGUCUGGGGAGGCCUCGUACCUCUACUCCUGCUCCUCUGCACACACCACAAGGUCGAAAACUACCCUAUUGUCUGGCGCACUUCGUUCGCUCUCGGCCUGAUCCCUCCUCUUUCAAUCUUCUGGUUUCGAAUGCGCAUGGCAGUCUCCAGCGCAUAUCGCAAGUCCUCGAUGCGCAAACAGCGCGUCCCGUACGUUCUGGCUGUGAGGCGCUACUGGCGUGCUCUCCUCGGGUGCUCCGCAACAUGGUUCCUGUACAACUACGUGAGCAUUCCCUUUGGGAUCUUCUCCAGCACCAUCACCUCCAGAGUGAACGCUUCGGAUUCUCUGGUGAAGAAUCUAGGCUGGGGAGUCGUCAUCAACUGCUUCUACAUCCCGGGGCCCUUCAUUGGUGGCUACCUCAGCGACAAGAUCGGAAGGAGGCAGACCAUGUGUCUUGGCUUCACUCUCCAGGCCAUUUUGGGGUUUGUGAUCGGCGGAGCGAAUGAGAAAAUCCAGUCUGUCUUCCCGCUGUUUAUCGUCUUAUAUGGGGUCUUCUUAACUCUUGGAGAAGUGGGACCGGGCUCGACCGUUGUGUUGACUGCGUCAGAAUGCUUCCCCACAUCCAUCAGAGGUCAGAUGAUGGGGUUGGUGUCGGCUUUCAGCAAGGCCGGUGCGGCGAUUGGUACACAGGUCUUCAGUGCUAUCCUGGCGUCUUGGACGGAUGAGCAGAAAGCCAAUCAGGCUACAUUCUUGAUUGGGGCUGCUUUCGCGUUGGUGGGAGCAUCUAUUGCGUGGUUUGUAAUUCCAGAUGUGAGUGCGAGGUUGGAAGACGACGAUGCAGCAUGGAAAAAGUAUCUGGCAGAGAAUGGAUGGCAAGCGCAAUGGGGUGAUAGCACGUCCAAAGAUCCGGCUGCUGUGAAGAUGGAUGCGGUUGUUUCGUAG